GUGACGUGUGUGGACAAAGGCAGCGCGCGCCGGGAGGUAUCGCGUUUGUCCGUGUUCGGACGGAGCUGGUGGUGGUCUUGUGGGUUCGUCGUCGCCGCUGCCGCCGACUUCCCUUCCUCUUUCCCGUCUUCUCCCGGGUCCCGGGAGCCCCCGCCCGGGCCCCAGUUACGGCUCGACACUGGUGCCGCCUAGAAGACAGCUCGCUGCCUAGAGCCCUUGGAGCCAAGGUCAGCCAGUUUGCGGAGGGACUGCCACGUCGAACGAAAGGCCCCGGCUCUGUCGCCCAUCACCGCUGCUGCUGUUUGGUGCCUGAGCUGCCUCGGCUGGGGACAGCAUGACAAGUGAAGUGAUAGAAGACGAGAAACAGUUCUAUUCGAAGGCCAAGACGUACUGGAAGGAAGUCCCGCCCACCGUGGACGGCAUGCUCGGGGGGUACGGCCACAUCUCCAGCAUCGACAUCAGCAGCUCCCGGAAGUUCCUGCAGAGGUUUUUGAGGGAAGGCCCGAACAAGACGGGGACCUCCUGCGCCCUGGACUGCGGAGCCGGCAUAGGUAGGAUCACCAAGAGGCUGCUGCUGCCGCUCUUCAGAGUGGUGGACAUGGUGGACGUGACUGAAGACUUUCUGGUUAAAGCCAGGACGUACCUGGGAGAGGAGGGCAAGCGGGUGAGGAACUACUUCUGCUGCGGCCUCCAGGACUUCAGCCCUGAGCCCAGCUCCUACGAUGUCAUCUGGAUCCAGUGGGUGAUCGGCCACCUGACUGACCAGCACCUGGCCGAGUUCCUGCGGCGCUGCAAGCAGGGCCUGCGCCCCAACGGCAUCAUUGUCAUCAAAGACAACAUGGCGCAGGAGGGUGUGAUCCUGGAUGACGUGGACAGCAGCGUGUGCCGGGACCUCGAGGUCGUCCACAGGAUCGUCCGCAGCGCGGGCCUCAGCCUCCUAGCCCAGGAGCGCCAGGAGAACCUCCCUGAUGAGAUCUACCAUGUCUAUAGCUUGGCUCUGAGAUGAGCAGGGCCCAGCAGGAGAAAAGGACCAGCGUGGGGUGGGGGGCUGGCAGCCGGGCAAGACCCAGAGGCUCCCCAGCAAUGGUGUGGGAGUGUGGACUGAGACUGCCAAAUACACCUGUCUGCCGUCGGUCACUAGACUCUUUUUCAAAAGGCCUAAUGGGGCCCAGUGGGGAGGGGCGCCCCUGACCGGAGCACUGAGGCUGCAGCCCAGCUCUGCUGCCGUGAGAGGCAGGAACCAGACAGCGCAGACCACGGGACUCCAGGGUCCCUGGUGCUCCCCGUGUGGGAAUACAGUGAUCCCCUCAGAAGCGGAGAUUUUCUGGCUCUCCCGUUCCACCACCCAGCCUUCCAGCCACAGGCCUGGGUGCCUUAAGAGGAAGAGAACUCUCGGUUGUUGGGACUUUUUCCCCUCGCGGGGAGGUGAGGAGCCUUCAGCUGCUGGGCACGACCCCGUGCUGAGGCCUAUUUGGUGAUGAGCCCUGGUGUCCCUGACGUGAUCAUCCCCGUGGUCUCCAGUGAAGGAGUCUGUGGCUUCAUUCUUGGCUGUGCCUUGCAGCUCCUCCUCGGUGAACAUUUUCAUCAAAAAAUAAAAGGGUGACUCCUGUGCUGGGAAGGCCCUAGCCGGU